AUGAAUUCUUCAUUGUCCGCCAAUUUCUUUGCUGCUUUACCUUCAAACGUAGCAUUCGAUGAUGAUACCAAAGAAUACAUUACUGGUAUAUUGUCAGAUAUCGAGGACGUUGAUUCGCUACGUGAAGCUACCGAACAAUUCUUGAUUGAUGCUGGUAUGAAUGAAUCCGAUUUGGAUUCCUUAUAUGGCUCAUUAUCUUCCGCGUUAAGUUUAACUGCGGCAACUGAUUCUACCGACUCUGGAAAAUUACCUGAUAAAAAACCGGUCAAAGCCACCAAAUCGACCGUCUCAACUAAAGUACAAAAAUCCGUUGUAAAGGAAUCGGAAAUAGUCGCAUAUUCGCAACAAUCAAGGUUUCAUACCGAAACAUUAGAGACUCUGUCAAAAGAAGUUGAUUUGAAAGAUGUGAAUAUUACGGUCGGUCAUAAAGAAUUGUUGGUUGACGCAAGAUUACAACUAAAAACCGGCGUUCAUUACGGUCUAAUUGGUCGAAACGGAAUUGGAAAAUCAACACUUCUCAAAUGCAUUGGACAUGGGACCCUUGUUGGAUUUCCUAAAAAUAUUCGAGUCCUUUACAUUGAACAAUUGGACAAUAUAGAUGAAAGAGAAAAUAUAGUUCAAAUUGUUCUUAAAGCCGAUAAGGAAAGAUCUCGUUUAUUGAAUGAAAAACUAACCUUACAAACUGCAGCAGAUAGUAAUAAUGCAAAAGAAAUUGAAUUUGCUGUUAAACGUGUUAGAGCUGAAAGGUUACAGAGUGAAUUAGAAGAGGCUCAAAAAAUUGCAAUUCAUAGAAGUGGUCGUAGAGGAGCUGAAGCAAGACAGGAAUUGUUGGGAGUUGAAGCCAGAGUAGCUGAGGCUCAAAAAGCGUUCAACGAAAAUCCAAACGAAGAUUUUACUGCGGCAAUUUACUUGCUUUUAGAGGAAUUAUAUAUAAAACUUGAACAGAUUGGCGCGGACUCUGCUGAAGCAAGAGCACGAGAAAUUUUAUCGGGUCUUGGAUUUUCCGAGAAACAGCAACAUUCUCCAAUGGCAUCGCUUUCUUCUCUUUCUGGUGGUUGGCGUAUGAGAGUAGCAUUAGCUCAAGCAUUAUUUUUGAGACCGGACAUUCUUUUAUUAGAUGAACCUACUAAUCACUUGGAUUUACCUGCCAUUCUUUGGCUUCAAUCGUAUUUGAAUUCGCUCACCGAUACUACCAUGGUCAUUGUUACACAUGACCGUCGAUUCCUUAAUAACACAGUUACAGAAAUAAUUCGCUUCAAAGAUUCCAAAUUGACUUAUCAUACUGGUAAUUACAACGAAUUUGAGAAAAAUUUAGAAGAUGAACGAUUGAAAAAACAAAGAAUGUUUGAAGCCCAAGAGAAGCAAAAGAAGCAAAUUGAAUCAAGUAUCCAAAAGUCACAAAAAAGGGCUAAAGAAAGUGGAGAUGAUAAACUUUUGGGAGUUAUUGCGAGUCGCAAGAAGAAACUCGAACGUCUCGGUAUGAACAAAACUGAAGAUGGAUUUCGAUUCAAAUUGAAUAAGCAUAGAGUGGGAUUUUAUAAUACAGAUCGUGAUGAUAUUGUAGUCGAAAAGGCAGAAGCAUCAAUUAGUUGGAAUAUUCCUUCACCUAAACCAUUACGUCACCAUGGUGCUUUAUUACAAGUGGAAAACGUUUCAUUCACUUAUCCCAAAACCACCAAGUCCAUACUUCAAAAUGUAACACUUAACAUUGAAGAAGGUGCAAGGAUUGGGUUUGUUGGUGCUAAUGGUGAAGGUAAAUCAACUUUGAUGGGAUUACUUUCCAGUAAUUUGGAACCCACAAGAGGUACUAUAACAAGGCAUCCUAGAAUGAAAAUGGGAUAUUUUGCUCAACAUCAUGUCGAUUCAUUGGAUUUAGAUCUUUCUGCCGUUGCAUAUAUGAAGAGAUUGUAUCCAGAAAUUAACGAACGUGAUGCAAGAUCUCAUUUGGGAGGAUUUGGAAUUUCCGGUGAUGUGGCAACUCAGAAAAUAUCUUAUUUAUCUGGAGGACAAAAAUCUAGAGUUGCAUUUGCGUUGCAAGUUUAUAAUGCACCACAUAUUUUAUUACUCGAUGAAAUUACCAACCAUUUAGAUAUGAUCACAAUUGAAACUAUUGUAGAGGUUUUGAAUGAAUUUGAAGGAGCUGUAGUCAUUGUUAGUCACGAUAGAUGGUUUGUUGAGCAUGUUGCUAAAGUGGUAUAUGCUGUAAGGAAAGGAAGGGUAGAAGAGAUGAAGGAAAAUGGUGUGCGACAAUAUGUCAACGAAGUUGCAAGAGAAAUUGGAGUAAACUUUGAAGAAUUUGACGAUUAUGAAUGA